AUGGUGACUGCAACAAUACCAGCGACAGGGAGCACAGACACAGACAAACUGAUUCUAAGAGGCUAUGCAACAGACCUAAUGGUGAGACUUAAGCGAGCUCUGUGGUUGCUACUGAGCAUGCUCAGUUUGUCUCUGCUCCUUGUGGCAGUGGGAAUUUAUACAACCACCCUGACAAAGACAGUGAGUGUUUCUGGCUACACUUCUGGGAUUAUUCUGACCCUGGGAUCCUUCCUGGGGCUCUUGGGACUUGGCCUGGAGGAAAACCGUAGGCAUCUGAUAACAGCUGCCAUAGCUUUUCUCAGUUUUGGAAUCAUUACAUCCGUCUUGUGCCUGAUGAUAGAUGGAGCAGUCAUUGGUUUUAACAUGGAUAUGCGUCCGCUGAGAGCAGGAAGGUGUCAGUAUUAUAGCAGUGGAAAUGGUUAUCUCUAUGAAAACUAUUAUGCCACAGUUUCAUGUUGGACUUUAGAGGAAACAUGUAACAUAACUGUCCGAAGCGGGACCUGCUAUUGCUGUGACCUGUAUAACUGUGCAAAUGGAGGGUACCUGAACGACUACUAUGAGUUUGUGGGAGUCCAAAGCUGCCGUGACGUUUUUAUUUUGUACUUUCUCAUCUGGAGUCUGACGGGCCUUAACCUGGUGGUCUUCACGGGCAUCCUUACCGCUGCAGUUUUGGGCAGCAUCAAGAACGUGAGGGGUCCUGGCCUGGGUUUUGAGCCCACCGGGAGAGGGCUGUCCUCUCCCUCUGCUCCUCUGCUGAUGGAUGCCAGCGCUCACUCCGCCCACUUUGUCCCUCAGCUGCACCCGGGAGCAUCUACGUAUAUCCCCUCUUCGUCCUCGCCACCAGCAGCAGCGUCAGUGCCACGUGUCCGGAGUGUGUCUCAGAGAUUUCCAAUGGCGAUGUCUCACGCCACAGAUUUGAACUCUUUCCACUUUGCCCCUCUGUCCUACCAAGCCUGAGACCACACAAAUAUUAUGUUCUGUGGUUCACUGUGUGUAUCAUUCACCAUUUACAGAUAAAUCAUACACUAAAUAACACUAUAUUAUGUUUAUUAAUGUUUUUAUUUGUGGGCACUGGUGUGUUGCCUUUAUUUAUGCACAGAAAAUAAAGUGUAUUAAAGUGUAAUAAAGUGUAAAAUAAG